UGCACAGGACUGAGACGCGAUUGGCGCUGACGGCAGCAGCAGGCACGAGCUCGCGGAGCUGUGACACAAGCGGACAGGCAGAGGACAUCCACGGCACGAUAACUGCUCCUGUAUCAGCGAGGCGGCUGCGGCGGUUGUGCGAGAGGACCUGUACGGCCACGCCGCGCUCAUCACCAGCAACUCUUUUCGGAAUUACGGAUAACGUUACACCCCUUGCUGAAGUUUGCUUCCGAUCGCGAGGAUUAUGCCUUUCGAACACAUUCCAAUUUGGGUGUAAUUCAUAAUACAACCGGGAGGAAACUGGGGAUAGACGCGGGGGCAUCGCUUCGCUAAGCUAGCAACUUCGCUCCAGAUUCGGCUAACGUUAACUAGCUAGCCUUACAGAUAGCAAACAAUCUGGUGUCUGUUUGUAGCAUUUUGUGUGUUUUACUCUGUUGGAGUUCUCUCUUUGACCAUAGAGUUCAGGGGGCAGUUUAGUUUCUGCUGUUUGCGUGAAGGAACGUCGCACGCGUGAGUGAAGACACGGUGGAGUUAAGGUGAAUCUGUCCCGAGCUGACCAUGGAGAACGCACACACAAAGACUGUAGAGGAAGUUUAUAGCUAUUUCACUGUCAAUGAAAGCACGGGGCUGGCUCUGGAGCAGGUGAAGAGGCAGAGGGAGAAAUGGGGACCGAACGAGCUGCCAGCCGAAGAAGGGAAGUCUUUGUGGGAGCUCGUCGUUGAACAGUUUGAAGAUCUAUUAGUCAGAAUCCUUCUGCUGGCGGCUUGUAUAUCUUUUGUACUGGCGUGGUUCGAGGAGGGCGAGGAGACAAUCACGGCCUUUGUGGAGCCUUUUGUAAUUUUACUAAUUCUCAUAGCCAACGCCAUUGUAGGGGUGUGGCAGGAGCGGAACGCUGAGAAUGCCAUCGAGGCCCUGAAAGAGUAUGAGCCGGAGAUGGGGAAGGUGUACCGGCAGGACAGGAAGAGCGUCCAGAGGAUCAAAGCCAGGGACAUCGUGCCGGGGGACAUCGUGGAAGUGGCCGUUGGAGACAAGGUUCCUGCCGACAUUCGUCUCACAUCAAUCAAAUCUACAACCCUGAGGGUGGACCAGUCCAUCCUGACCGGGGAGUCCGUAUCGGUCAUUAAGCACACUGACCCUGUACCAGACCCCCGCGCUGUCAACCAGGACAAGAAGAACAUGCUCUUUUCUGGCACGAACAUCGCGGCGGGCAAGGCGGUGGGCGUGGUGGUGGCGACGGGCGUGAACACGGAGAUCGGGAAGAUCCGCGACGAGAUGGCGUCCACGGAGCAGGAGCGCACACCGCUGCAGCAGAAGCUGGACGAGUUCGGCGAGCAGCUGUCCAAGGUCAUCUCCCUCAUCUGCAUCGCCGUGUGGAUCAUCAACAUCGGCCACUUCAACGACCCCGUGCACGGCGGCUCCUGGAUCCGCGGCGCCAUCUACUACUUCAAGAUCGCCGUGGCGCUGGCCGUGGCCGCCAUCCCCGAGGGGCUGCCCGCCGUCAUCACCACCUGCCUGGCACUGGGCACGCGCCGCAUGGCCAAGAAGAACGCCAUCGUCCGCAGCCUGCCCUCCGUCGAGACGCUGGGCUGCACCUCCGUCAUCUGCUCCGACAAGACCGGCACCCUCACCACCAACCAGAUGUCCGUCUGCAGGAUGUUCAUCAUUGACUCAGCACAUGGGGACAGCUGCUCUCUGAGUGAAUUCACCAUCACCGGAUCCACAUACGCACCUGAGGGGGAAGUGCUCCAGAAUGGGCAACCUGUGAGGUGUUCUAAGUACGACAGCCUGGUGGAGAUGGCCACAAUCUGCGCUCUCUGCAACGACUCCUCUCUGGACUACAACGAGACCAAAGGCGUAUAUGAAAAAGUGGGCGAAGCCACUGAAACCGCACUCACCUGCCUGGUGGAGAAGAUGAACGUGUUUGACACCAAUGUCAAGAACCUGUCCAAGAUUGAGAGGGCCAAUGCCUGCAACUCAGUGGUGAAGCAGCUGAUGAAGAAGGAGUUCACCCUGGAGUUCUCCAGAGACAGGAAGUCCAUGUCCGUGUACUGCACCCCCAACAAAGCGCGUUCAUCCAUCGGCAAGAUGUUUGUCAAGGGUGCUCCAGAGGGGGUGAUUGACAGGUGCACCCACGUGCGGGUCGGGGGCGACAAGGUGGUGAUGACGCCGGGCAUUAAGGAGCGUAUCCUGUCGGUGAUCCGGGAGUACGGCACAGGCCGCGAUACGCUGCGCUGCCUGGCGCUCGCCACGCGAGACAACCCGACGCGCAAGGAGGACAUGGUGCUGGAUGACUCGUCACGCUUCAUCGAGUACGAGACGGACCUGACGUUCGUGGGCUGUGUGGGGAUGCUGGAUCCCCCCAGGGCGGAGGUCGCCGCCUCCAUCAAGCUGUGCAGCCGCGCGGGCAUCCGUGUCAUCAUGAUCACUGGCGACAACAAGGGCACGGCCGUGGCCAUCUGCCGCCGCAUCGGCAUCUUCGGACCGGACGAGGACGUCACCGGCAUGGCCUACACCGGCCGCGAGUUCGACAACCUGUCCCCCGCCGGCCAGCGCGACGCCGUCAUCAAGGCCCGCUGCUUCGCCCGCGUCGAACCGUCCCACAAGUCCAAGAUCGUGGAGUACCUGCAGUCCUACAACGAGAUCACUGCCAUGACAGGAGACGGGGUGAACGACGCCCCUGCCCUGAAGAAAUCCGAGAUCGGGAUCGCCAUGGGCUCUGGGACGGCCGUGGCCAAGACAGCGUCCGAGAUGGUCCUCGCCGACGACAACUUCGCCACCAUCGUGGCGGCGGUGGAAGAGGGCAGGGCCAUCUACAACAACAUGAAGCAGUUCAUCCGCUACCUCAUCUCCUCCAACGUGGGCGAGGUGGUCUGCAUCUUCCUGACAGCAGCUUUGGGCUUCCCUGAGGCACUGAUCCCAGUUCAGCUGCUGUGGGUGAACCUGGUGACAGACGGCCUGCCGGCCACCGCCCUGGGGUUCAACCCUCCUGACCUGGACAUCAUGAACAAGCCCCCCCGCAAUGCCCGCGAGCCCCUCAUCUCCGGCUGGCUCUUCUUCAGAUACCUGGCCAUAGGCUGUUAUGUUGGCGCGGCCACAGUGGGCGCAGCUGCCUGGUGGUUUGUUGCUGCUGAGGAUGGACCAAGGAUCACCUUCUACCAGCUGAGCCACUUCCUGCAGUGUUCCCCUGACAAUCCAGAGUUCCAGGGUCUGGAGUGUCACAUGUUCGAGUCGCCCUAUCCCAUGACCAUGGCCCUGUCAGUGUUGGUGACCAUUGAGAUGUGCAACGCCCUCAACAGUGUUUCAGAGAACCAGUCCCUGCUGCGCAUGCCCCCCUGGGAGAAUGUGUGGCUGCUGGGGGCCAUCUGCCUCUCCAUGUCCCUGCACUUCCUCAUCCUCUAUGUGGAGCCCCUGCCGAUGAUCUUCCAGAUCACUCCUCUGAACUUGACCCAGUGGCUGAUGGUGCUGAAGAUCUCACUGCCGGUGAUCCUGCUGGACGAGGUGCUCAAGUUCAUAGCGCGAAACUACCUGGAGCCCGGUAAAGAGCUGGAUAAGCCUGCAGGCGGGGCCUGCUCCUUCUCCACCUGCAUGGAGGGCGUGUCCUGGCCCUUUGUGGCCCUCUUCUUCCCCUUGGUGCUGUGGCUGUACAGCACCGACACUAACAUGUCCGACUUAUUCUGGUCCUGACUUACAUGAGCAUGAGACCUUGUUUGUGUGUGUGUGUGUGUGUGUGUGUGUGUGUGUGUGUGCACGAGUGUAAGGGUGGAAAUUAACACAAACCUAAUUAAUCAUAAAAAAAACAAACAAUAAACAUUUGUAAAAAGAAUCUUUAAAUGGGGUGAAGAAGCAACAGAAUUGUGGUCACGGUUUAUAACUUGUAUCUGUAACCAUCAAUACAAUACUGCUCCCUGGUCAUUUUAUUGAAUUGGUUGCAGAAUUUUGUUGUCAAGUUUUUUUUUCUUUUGUUUUUGUUAUUGCUUUUUAAAUUUGUAUUUUUUUUAAAGCCAGUUAGGAUUAUUAUUUGUCUUGAUAUGUUUCAUUCCAAAACAAAUCUUUUUUUUAAAUGCAAAAUAUAUAUUCUCUCCUCCCCAUUCACAAGGCAUUGGAAAAACUGUCUAAUGUGUAGAGAUUUAACACUAUUUUAUGCAAAUCUUUUUUUGUGAAGUUUUCAAAAGUAGGAGGGAUACAGAAUCAUUUACUAAUGUUUACCAUUGUGUCUUCAGUAUGAAUUUACAACCCUUUCUGAGCAAAUGGCACAGAAUAACAAGAAGGAUUUGCCUGUUUUGUUUGCAAAUCAUGAAGAACACCCCAGAAACAGAAGCUGCGCAUUCCAGGUUCCUGCAUGAACUAUACAUGGCUUUUUUAACACUUUAAUUUAUUCAUUCAUCAACCGCCCCCCCAGAUGUAAAAUUGAACGUGUUUGUUCUGUUCUUUUUUUACACGUAAUUUUUCCAGUAUGAUUCAAAAGCCAGUUUUUCUGCACUCGGCAGAGCAAAGCUACCUCAGUAAAAUCAAUGGUCUCUUCUUUCUGGAUGCUCUCCCCUAAUGAGCUUUUCACUGCAUUUAUACUUUAGUAGUCAGCCCUGAGGUACGCCCCCGAUUGGCUGGUGCAGAAAAAAUCCAUCCAUCCUGGUCCUAUGUUUUUAGGAUAAUUUUGCUUCUGUCGAAAAAAUGUUUGUUUUGGGGGAUCUGUUGAUGGAGUGUAAUAGUAAUGUCCAGAUAAUUUGGAAACUGUCAUUCAGAACAAACUACCUGAUCUAUUCUUUUUUGCCCCCUUUGAGGAAAAAAAAUACAAUCACUUGAACCUUUGAAUCUAGGCUUUUGUCUUCAUUAAUGAGAUAGCUUAAUAGGAUAAUUUUAUAUCAUUAGAGCAGGAUAGUUUAAAAAUAAUAGGAGGGAAUAGCUUUUGCCCAUAGUUGAGUUAUAUGUAUGACAGUUACAUUUACCAAGUGGAUGGUUAAUUUAAAGAUGAGCUAAAAUCCACUCUCAGUUUAAUGGAACAAUUCCAGCAAAGAUUUUGUUGGCUGUAUUGCUGGAUGUUGCCGUACGGAGGUCUGCAUCUCUUACCAGCAGGACCUCUGAAAUGUCCAAUGUACCAGCACUUCACAAACUGUACUGAACAGCUGUGAUUUAGAUGAGAAUGUAGUGUACCUCUGUAAAGCAUGUGUCUAACACCACCAAAGGCCUGUUCCCAGUGAGGCCAUUUAGCGAGGCUGUUAAAACGGCUUUUUUUCGUUCACUUCUUUCCAUUGGCUUCCCUAACAACGUGAGUAUCCUGUGUCUGCAUGUCCUUCUCAACACGCCGAUUUGCCUCUUCAUCCAUCACUCACACACAGCCCCACCCAUCUGCACCUCAAAAAAUCACUGUCCUGGGAGAGGCCAGAUUAGGCCGAUCACAUUUUUAUUUAGGUCCAACUUGUUGGUGAAUAUCCUGGCAAUCAGUGGCUCAUAUUUAUAGUGGAAAGAGUUGUUGCAGUCAGCAUUUGACAGUGAACUUUAAAGUGUUCCACAGCUAUAGGGUAAGGGUCUAACAUCCACUUUCCUGGUUUAUGGAUGAAAAAAUUGUGUGUCUAGUUCAACCUUAUGUUAUAGAGAAUAAUCUUAUUGAUGUACCAUCCACUGCUCUAACCUAAAGCAGUUUCAGGUUUGGCCAUAACCAGCUGUAUUCAUGUUGACCAAUGGAAUUGCUCCUUACAUCCAUCAGGAGGAAAAUAAAGCUCAUGUUCUUUCAGUAAAAUUAAAUCUCAUCUCUCAUGGGUGUUCUGAUUUAAAAAAAAAAAAAUAGCAUUCCGAUAAGCUUCACUCCACACUCACUCUAGACAAAAUCUCUCCUACUCCAUCAAUAAGAUGGUCACAAGGCCCAAAUAAUUCUGUCUGCAAAGGACCUUAAUGGUCAGAAGAGAUGGCCUGCUAAUGUCCAUUCCUUGCUUUCAGUUCCCAUUGGCUCCAGAUGCUCAGUCUCAGUCUGGUCCAUCUCUUCACCAGUCAAGUCAAAUGUAUUCAUUUGACUGGUUCUUUGAACAAAAAAAAAAGCUUUAGUCAGAAAUGUGGGCGGAAUCUCUCCUCUGACAUCACUGAAACCUUUAUGACCUCAGUAUUACAAAGUGAAUGUGGGUGAAACUCUUAUCCCCCUUUCAUCAGUCCUAUCCCAGAAUGCCUCACUCAGACACAGCUGGCCCUAAAUUCUUUGCAUGGGUGUGCCCCUACUGUGUAGUGAAUCUAUCAGCACAUUAAGAAAUAAGUAGUGGAAAGAUACUUGACAUUAUUUUUACUGUUCAAAAGAGCAUUAUGUCUUCCCUAAGAGUACAUAAAAAUUGCCACACACAUCUGACAAAGGUAUUUGACUUGAAGAACACAGCCUCCCCAUUUAUUCCUUCCUCUUUCUCUUCUCUUUCGCUGUGAUUUCACUUCAUGCCGCCUCUGAUAGGACUUUGCUUUUUCCUGCAGCAAGUGACUUGUAAGCCCCUCCCCUCUCCUCUCGAAUCCUUUGCAGAAUCUGUAAGGUUUUUUUUUUUCCAUGAUUUGCAUGCGUGUGGUGAGCAGCACAUCUUUCCAGACAUGCAUGUAAAAUGUGUGAAGAA